CAGGGGCGGACUGACCAUUUGGAAACUCGGGCACUGCCCGAGGGCCUGGGGUCAGUAGGGGGCCCUAUGAGAUGCCCCUGGUACCUUUUUCAUAGGCUUUUUUGAGUUUGGGCAAGGACACAGGGGCCCCAUGAUCCCCUAUUGCCCGGGGGCCCCAUGAGUUGUCAGUCUGCCCCUGCACCUAAAUUUGACUUAGUACUAGCCUCUUGCAAUCCUUGUACAGCAGAGCUUAGACCAGAAGAGGAAGAAGCAGCACAAGAAGCCACUGUC